AUGGAAAACUCCACUGAAAUAUGGUCUUUCGUGCUGGCUGCAUAUGGCAACAUUGGAGAGUUAAAAUAUCUGUAUUUCAUCAUUGUGCUGUUAUGGUACCUCUUUAUAUGUAUUGCAAAUAUACUUCUUAUUGUGGUUAUCUAUGUGGACAGACGGUUGCAUGAACCAAUGUAUAUACUAUUGUGUAAUUUAUUUGUGAAUGAAAUUGCUGGCAGCACAUCAUUGUACCCUCUUAUGCUUUCACAGAUGUUUUCAGAUACACAUGAAGUGAUGUUGCCUUGGUGUUUUCUGCAGAUGUCCUACCUCUACAUAUCUGCAUCUGUGGAGUUUUGUAAUCUGGCAGCCAUGGCCUAUGAUAGAUAUGUUGCUAUCUGUCAUCCCUUACACUACAAUGUCAUAAUGAACACAGGGAGAGUGUUUGUGAUCAUUCUUGUCAUAUGGUUGUAUUCAUUUUUUAACUUAAUAAUCACAUUUUCAUUCACCUUCCGUAUGAAAUUUUGUGGAAAUGUCAUUAACAAAGUGUUUUGUGACUUCCACUUAAUAAUUCAGCAUGCAUGUUCAGAAUCAUUAUUUAACAGCAUUUCUGACCUGAUCUUUGCCUUUAUGACUGUUGUUAUACCUUUCAGUCUCACUGCAGUCUCUUACAUUAAGAUUUUGUCUGUUUGUCUGGAUACCUCUAAGGAAAACAGGCAAAAAGCUAUAACCACCUGCACUCCGCAGAUUGUCUCACUGUCAAACAUGUUCAUUGGCUGCAUUUUCCAUUUUGUUGAUUCUCGGUUUGUUGUGGCCUUCAUACCAGAUAAAGUGCGCGUUGUUUUAUCAGUGUAUUUACUCAUUUGUCAACCAAUUGUCACCCCCUUUAUUUAUGGAUUCAAGCUACCUAAGAUAAAAGAUUCAUGUAAAGGAUUUGUGUUUGACAGAAAUUAUAGAUGUAUUAUCUAA